AUGCAUUACUACAAGCUGGUGGCCCUUGCCGGGUUCGUCUCCGUAGCCCUCGCCCACCCAGGCCCUCAUCACGGAAUUUCCAAGAGAGAGAUUGCUCGUCGCCACGAUCUAUCCUCUCGUUGCUCCGAACAUGUUGCCCGCUUCAACGAGAAGCGCUGGAAUAGAAACAUCCGCAAGCGAUCCCACGACCGAAACACCACUGUCCAGAUCCAAACCGAGGCCCCAUACUAUGAUGUGAUACAGAAUGAUACCUGUGUUUUGACUCCCGAGGUGACGGAAGGCCCCUACGUCUGGCCUCGCUCCCAGACCCUACGUCAAGACAUGACCGAGGACCAACCCGGUGUGCCCUUGUGGUUAGAUGUUGGUGUCCUUGACAUGAACACAUGUGAGCCAUUAGAAGGUGUCCUGGUUGACUUCUGGCAUUGCAAUGCCACUGGAAGCUACUCCAGCUUCACAGGUCUUUCCCCCAACACAGCAUUCGAGACAUUGCUGGACCAGCUGAACGUCACGGACUUUGAAAUUGGCACUACUGAUCUCCACACCGAUGACACUACAUUCCUGCGAGGAAUGUGGCCGACGGAUCGCAAUGGCAUGAUGGAGAUGAAGACUGUCUUCCCCGGAUUCUACAUCGAAAGAGCUAUCCAUAUCCACGUUCAAGUCCACACAGACUGGACUAUCCGUGGUAAUGGUACCAUGGCCUAUGGCAACACGGUUAGCACUGGUCAGAUCUACUUCGACGAGCAGCUUGAAAAGGAGAUCAUGGCUUUGGAGCCGUAUGUUUCCCAUACUGAGAUCAACCGCACGACCAAUGCCGAGGAUAGUAUUUACAGUCAAGAUACCGAUAAUGGGUACAACCCGCUUAUCUCAGUUGUCCCUAUUGAUGAUAAUGAUUUGACCAAGGGCAUGGUUGGGUACAUCACCGUUGGAGUGGAUACCACUGCUAUUGAGAUGGAUCUGUAA